AUGGGGGUUGAAGGGCCUAAUCGCAUAGCAGUAAACUGCCUGACAAGUGUGUAUGCCCUGUACCGGCCAUUCUCCCGUGGACACAUGGCCUUCACUUCAGUCGGCCAACUACUUGAAGUUCGUUGGCACAAUCGGAAUACGAAUAGGAUGUCUCCCCUUUUCUCGCCAACGGCGUGUGCGAGAAGCGAGGCAGACCACUUUACGCCUUGCACACCUCAUCUGCCCUUACCCCAUCCCCUCGUCUUCAGCAUCCCCUCCAGGCAAUGUUUCAGUACCUCGACCCAUCACUCUCAAGCCCAGACACUCGUCUCGGCGAGUUGCUAUUUAUGCGGCUGGUAUCGGAUUCCGCCCACAACAUCUCAGCCUGUUACCAGCUCGGGGACAAUAAAGGACGUUGUCGUCGCAAUGUCUCAGCCGCCAUGUUCUCUCCCCUUCAUUACUAUUCGCCUCAGACAUUUAGGCAUGCUCUGCCGUGAUGCUCUGACUGCUGGAUCGUAUUGA